UCUGUGUGUGAGCUAAGGCUGCCUGAGGCCUUGGUGAAGCGCAGGAUUCACCCUCGCUUUCAUGUGAGCCUCCUUCGGCCACAUGUGGCUAAUAAUGAUGCCAUCUUUCCGUCCCGAGACGUCUCGGCUGUCUACGACUUUGGACAGCCUGAUACUGAUGAAGUGUAUUUCACUAGUAUUGUCGGUCAUGUAUGGGACGGGUCCUCUGUUCGUUUCAUAGGAACCCUGUCAACGGGAACCGUUGAGUGGACCAGCUUGGCAAAAGUUCGCCAUACUGAAAUAUUGCGCGAGUAUUUGGCACUUCGAGGAGUCGCCGAUGUCUCGGAGCUU